AUGGGUUCCACUCGUGGUCAUGGCAAAAGCCAUCUCUGUCCCAGAUACCGUCAGGAAAGGGAUCCCAAGAGACGCAAGGAUGAUGAUGCCACUGGGGCUUGGGGUUCGGGCUCCACACUUGCUUCUCAGCCCCAUGAUAUCAAGAUUGCUGAAUCCUCCAAAGAAACACCCAACGUUAUCGUCGACCACCUGCAUACCGAUCAACAAGCUAAAUGCAACAAAAAAAUUGUGCACCUGAAGAAGCCACCAGACUUCAUCGCCAUGGGCUACUCCGGAUAUAUCUGCAAAGCCGAUGAAGAUACCAUCAUCAAACAUCCAAGGUACCUUCCCGAUAAUGAGCCUUAUAAUGAGAUGUACCGCGAUAUGAUCAGCACCGAGAAACAGAUCUAUGAGCGCCUGGGAAACCAUAAAGGGAUUAUUCCGUUCCUGGGCGUGCAUGAUCAGUCAACAGGCGCAAUUAAGCUCGCAUACGCACCUCAGGGAGACCUUGAAAGCUACAUUCAGAACCAUGAUAAGCCAUCUGAAGCAAUCCGCGCCUCAUGGAUUCAAUCAAUAGUCGAGACAUUCUGGCAUAUCUAUUCUUGCAAGAUUCUCCAUCAGGAUGUCAAGCCCAACAAUAUACUUGUUCAUAAUGAUAGCCCGAAGGUGGCUGACUUUGGCAAUGCCGAGAUAUACGCGUUGGAUGCUAAUAUGGAAGCUAUCUACAUGGAAGAGCCUUUUCCGCGAGUCGACAUACUCGGCAUUGGAUGCAUUAUUUAUUCUAUCGCAGCAUGGCGUGCCUUCCGGUACGACUACUGUGAACAGGAUCGCUGGCCGGAAUCUGAGGAUCUCCCUGUAACAACUGGUUUGCUUUGUGAAGAUACCAUCAGGAAAUGCUGGAGUAAUAGCUAUGAGAACAUGCAGUCGCUGUAUGAGGACUUCAAUGCUUCCACUAGCACGAACGUGUCGUCUGCGAAGGAAGUGUGA